CACAGAAGGGAGUAACACUAUCGAAAAUCUGUGUGCCAAGGAAGUAGCAGCAUCGAUAUUUGAUAAAAAGUAUCAGUUAAUGAAAGUAUGCGGUAAAUAAUCUCGUGACUAUCGUCAUCUCCUUCCGAUAAAUCUGCAAAUAUUUGCCGAGACCAAAAGAUUAACAACUUUGUCGACAUGAAUGAAUCACGCACUUCAAAUGCAUCCGAAUCCGAGACUGAUUCCCUAUACUUCAGAGUAGAAAGUAUAAAACUUUCAGAACUGUACGACUGGUGCAACAAGAGUAAUAUCCACGACACUGCCGCUCGUUCACCGCUUGCUGAGUCAGUAGAAAAACGCAGCCUUGGUUUGAACAAAGUUACUGAUUAUUUUUCCAGUGGCAAGGCCUACGCGACUAUGAGAUGCGGUCGCAAAGUAAAUGUGAAUCAUUGUGAAUUGGCGCUCUUCAGGAAAGACCAAAAUGUAUAUGCCGUUGAAGAUAAGUGUCCGCACGCAGGAGGGCCUCUACACAUGGGCGACAUAGAAGACUAUGGCUAUCAGCAAAAGCCAUGCGUGCGUUGCCCGUAUCAUGGCUGGAAGUUUGACCUCACUACAGGUGAGUGCAUAUACCCUCGCCAUCAGACCAAGCAAGCCCGGGUUUACCCCGUCAAAGUCGACCCAAACGACGGGAGUUUAUGGGUGGGCUUCAAAUGCUUCAACGAGCAAUACUUCCGAGAGCCAUCCUGGUAACGGCUUCCGGCGACACACAGUUAAGGCGCGCGCUUUUCAGCUUCACCUUCUUCAUCAAUUAACAAUCUAUUCAUUCUGCACUAAUAAGCUAUCUACUUGUACUGCACUAAUUAACAAUAUACUAGUGCUGCCCCAAUUAACAAUAUACUCUAGGUGCACUAAUUAACAGUCUACUCAUGAUCUGAAAAUAAACCAAUGCUGUAAACUAAUUAUAAAUACUAUGAGCCGAGAUCUCUUAGCUUGCCACGGGAAUGAAAUUCUGAUGGUGGUGAAUCGAAAUGGGCAGCCAUUUUUUCGUUCGCUAGCUUCACGUUUGGAUACAUAGUAUUAAGAAAGUGUAUCAACUGCGUACUCAAGUUGGAGUUUUGAUUCAUAAUUUAUAAAGAUUCAAAAGCCGAGUGAAAACGAGCGCAUUUGUCACCAAACUUAUUUUUUUAUUUGUUAGGCGUUCGUCUUAUAAUUAAUAGGCUACUUAGUCGCGCUAGAUUAAUUAUAGAUCAACAUAAUUAUAAUAGUUUAUCAAAGUUAAUAAUGUGUAAGUUACCUUUAAUCACGUACUCAUUUCAAUAUGUUCAAGUACACAGGAGAGUACAGUUGUACAUUUUCCCUAACAUAUAUUUAAAGGGCGAACUACAUCAGUAAAUCCCAAACAACUCUGCAAUACAAGUUACAACUGAAA